GGUUUUUUGAAAUGGCUUCGAGUUUUGAUCGGUGGGAGAAGGAUCCCUUCUUCUCUGCGGCCGAGGAAGUUCAGGAAUCUGCGGACAGCCAAGAAAAAAGUGCUGAAAAGAUUAGAAGAAUUGAACCGUAAUUUGAAUUUUGAAUCGUAUUACACGGUUUUAUUGGUAGGAUUUUGAGCGUUGGCUUUUGUUCUUUUAAGCCCCAAAAAAUGAAAGCUUGUGAUUUAGAUUUUCUUCUUUUCUAUGAUUUUCCCCACAUUUUGUCGCAACCAAAUGCAGCAUUGGGUCUUUUUUUUCCCCUAUUGUGUAUACCAGGCUCUUUGGUUCGCUCAAACACGGACAGAUGUAUGGUUAUUCAUCGCAGGAUGGAAUCUACGUAUAGAACUUGGAUUCACGCAAAGAAAGACUCUUCUGGUAUGUGGGAUUCUGAAGAACUCUGCCGGGAUCUUCAUACUGCCCAUGGCACUACCAAAUGGCAGUUAGAAGAGUUUGGACGGGCUGUCCAGUCAAGUUACGGUAAAAGCUCAAGUGACGAUGCAAGAGCCAGGCACCAUGAAUUUAUAAUCGCAAUAGAAGACCAGAUUUCGAAAAUUGAAAAUUCAUUACAAGAAUCCGCUCUUUCAGAGGGCAAGGCAUCAUUGCCUUGGGUGCGUUUAGAUGAAGGAGAAUGCGAUGAACUCGCAUUGUUUCUUUCGGGACCAUCGACAUCUGAGGACAAAACUCCUGUAAAAAGUAAUCAAAGGGAUAUUGAAAGUUCACAAGUGACAGAUAAAGAUUCACCCCCUGAUUGUUUAAAGAACUCACGCCAUUCAGCUGAGUUGGGUUCCGUGGAGGCUAGGGAUGAUAAGUCACAUGGGCAUAGGAGGACCGCUAGUGCUAAUGCUGACAUUGGUUCUUGGAAGAUUGUCGUGCCUGACGAUGUAAACCAGCAGAAUUCUUUUAAUGGGCAGACUGGGUUACCUGUACGGAAGAUCCCUAGUUUAUCAGGAUUCCUAGGUUCCAUGGAAUCUGCAUCAAAGUUGAAGUGGCCGAAGAAUGGUUUCAGGAAGUGGAAGGCAAUGGAAGGCCAACAAGCAGCUGAUACUGCACUAUUGCGAUCUCCUCAGUUGUCUAGGGGCAUUAAUGCAUGCUAUGAAAGGAGCAAGAGUUGCCUGGAUAGUUGUGAUGAUUGUUAUGAUAAGCAACUUUAUGGCUGGUAUGGAGCUAUUCAGAGACAACUUCAAAGGUCUCAGUACCAGAUGCAAUAUAGCCGGCCUGUUCAAGUGAUUUUUUGGAUUGUUAUUCUCUUAUGCUUGAUUGUUUUAGUUGCAUUCCGUGCGGUGUAGAAGGAUCUACGUUCGUUCUUCAUCUGGCAUUUUGUAGAUGGUGGCAGUAUUUGGAUCAGUGGAGAUCUCGGGGAAUGUGAAUGUCACUGGAUUUUGAUGGAAGGAAAGGUCUUGUCAUUCUUUGGCACACAAUAUCAAGUGCUGGGUGGUUAGGGUAGCCCCUUCUCCGCUAUUUUUUUUCUUCUUAAUUUUCCUUUCCAAUUUUGAUUUCUUUGAUGAAGGGGUAAACUCCAUUGUAUCGUAAGAGGCAAGGAAAAUGGCAAAGAAAGUUGGCAUAGGGUUGUAAUUCAAAACAUGCGAGAUUUCUGCGUAUAUAUAAGUAUUUUAGUGGA